UUACAGGUUCGCGGUGAUGAGAUUGUUGAACUUCCAACUGUUAAGCCUGCUUCUGUGGAUGAUCUAGUGCAUGUUCACACAAGAGCUUAUGUAUUGGGUCUUGAGAAGGCCAUGGACAAGGCUUCAGAAAAGGGCAUCAUUUAUAUUGAAGGCUCUGGACCAACAUAUGCCACUGCCACUACAUUCCAGGAGUCACUUGUCGCAGCUGGAGUUGGAAUGGCUUUAGUUGAUUCAGUGGUAGACGCAUCCAGAAUCACCCAAAAUCCACCAACAGCUUUUGCUUUGAUUCGACCUCCAGGCCACCAUGCCAUUCCAAAAGGACCAAUGGGUUUCUGCGUUUUUGGAAACAUAGCUAUAGCAGCUCGCUAUGCUCAACGUGUUCAUGGAUUGAAGCGCUUCAUUAUUGAUUUUGAUGUUCAUCAUGGAAAUGGGACCAACGAUGCUUUCUAUGAUGAUCCAGACAUAUUUUUUCUUUCGACACACCAAGAUGGAAGCUAUCCAGGUACGGGUAAAAUCGAUGAGAUAGGUGUUGCAGAUGGUGAAGGCACAACCCUUAAUCUGCCACUACCUGGGGGCUCUGGUGACAUUGCUAUGAGGACUGUGUUUGAUGAAAUCAUUGCACCAUGCGCACAAAGGUUCAAGCCAGAUAUCAUUCUCGUCUCAGCCGGGUAUGAUGCUCAUGUGUUGGAUCCACUAGCAAGUUUGCAGUUCACUACAGGAACAUAUUAUGCACUGGCCUCCAACAUCAAGCAACUUGCGGAAGAACUUUGUGGGGGACGCUGCAUUUUCUUUCUGGAAGGAGGAUACAACCUCCAAUCACUCUCCUACUCCGUAGCGGACUCUUUCCGAGCUUUCCUUGGGGAGCCGAGCCUGGCGUCAAAGUUUGAUGACCCUGCGAUAUUGUACGAGGAACCCUUGGCCAAGGUGAAGCAAGCAAUACAGAGAGCGAAGCACUUGCAUUCAUUGUGAAGAUUCCCAAGGAUUAGAUGAAGUGCCUUCCCAUCGCCAUCUAUCGGCUUUCUGUAUGGUUCCUAGAACAGAUGUACGGUUAAACCAACUUGGCGGUC